AUGGCAGCUACCGCACCACCUCCGCAAUCCGAAUUCCCUUGCUCGUUAGCAAUUUCAAUUCCACUGCCAACCCAGCGUCUUGCCUCGGCUGCCCUGCAAACUCUUGAUGUCGACCCUGAGUUGUCCGCCUCUGUGCGACGCACUCUGACCCUUACAACCCCCGCCUCCGAAACGGCGACCGAGCCCCAAGAAAAGAAGCAGAAACAAGAUCCCAACUCUGAUGAGUCCAAGACCGUUUUGUUGGUCAACUACUACGCCACUACGAACCGCAUGCUCCGAGUCGCUGUCAAUGGAUUCAUGGAAAGCUUCGGUGUUAUUCUCGGCGUGAUGACCGAGCUAGACGUUGAUGUGCUCAAAGCCGAAUUUGAAGGUUGA